CUUUCUUUAUUGACGCCUAUGACGUCUGUUCAGAAGUAAACUUCCCGGAUGUUUCGGUCACGUGAUCGAUCCGCCAUCUUGAGGCAGUCGGCUGAAGGUAUGAAAAUAGAGGAGUGUCUUCUACAUUUUUAACAAUUAUAAUAUAUAUUUUCGAAUUCAGACGGUGACACACGGUGUUUUGUUUGUUUAACUAUGUAGUGUUAGCGAAAGAAUUAGGAUAACUACCGUUUGAUGGCCUGCAACUUUGUGGUAUGGCUCUCGAAGCGAAAAGAUCCAAGGCCACUAGGACGUUCAACAUAUGUGUCCUAGGUCUUAGUGGCAUCGACGAAGAAAGAACUGCUUAUGGCGUUGGGAAGUCGUGUCUUUGCAACAGAUUCGUUCGGCCAGCUGAGGAUGAAUUUUAUGGCAACCAUUCUUCUGUUUACAGCACUUCGGAUUUCAGUGGAAGCGUUAUAAAUAAUGAUCAGUUUUUGUACUGGGGCAGUGUCUCGAAAUCCGUUGAAGACAGUAUCUGUGUUUUCAACAUUGUUGAACAAACAGAAUUUUUCGAUGAUGCAUCUUAUACUCCGUUAACCAGAGGUGGCCAGCUUCCACCGUAUUUUAAGCGAUGUUCAAUAACAAAACUGGCCUCACCAGGAAAAUUGAUGUAUAUAAGCAGAGACCAAGUUGCCCUUCAAAACGACUACACUCAAAUAAGAAUGCCUGAAAAGGAUGGGAAAUUUGCCGUCGAUGGUUUUUUGUGUGUCUAUGAUGUAAGUGGAAAUAUUUCUGAACAAGCAACAAAAGUACAGGUUCAGGAAGACUUGUUGUCAUCAGCGUUGAGCGGUAUCACUAAAACCAAAAAACCAGUUGUUGUGGUCGCGACAAAAUGUGACGAAGUUGAUCAAACCUUACUAUCACAAGCUCAUAAAUUCGUGCACUCGAAAAAGUUGUCCGUGCCAUUGAUCGAGACUUCUGCUUUUGAAAAUAUAAAUGUUGAUUUAGGAUUCGCAAUUCUUGCUCAAAUGAUCGAGUCAAAAGGAAGGUUUAGAUCAAGAAUUGUUCAUUAUAGCGAUGGGGUUCUUACAAAUAAAGAGAUUCUUGCCAAGGCAUUUGAUGGUUACCAAAGCUUGGUCAAAAGCACAAUAACUGAUCUUGAGUCUGUGAUACCCUGGGAUCAGUUCAAAACUUCCCAGCAAGAAAAUGAAGACUUUAAUCGUUAUAUCUAUUUGGCGGGAUCGCGACAGGCUGAAAAAGUUUUUAAGAAACAAGUGUUGAAAAUUAAACAACAUUACGAAGACAAAAAGCUGAACGAGUAUUUAGUCGAUCUUCCUGAGGCCUUCGACGAACUUCUCCCCACACUUCAAAUGAUUGAAAGUUACGACUGGAAGUGGGAUCAAUGUUUACAGGCAAUAAAAAAUCACAAGUUAUUCGAUAAACGUUUUCGUUAUUUACCCAACGAUGUUCACUGGAAUGAUCGAGAGGAAAUACUAAAUAAUUCAGAUCGGAGAAUCCCUGUUGACAUUUUACACCUUGAAAGGUCGCGAGCUUGUUUUGAUAGGCACGUGAAAAAACUAAUCGAAUCUGCCAAAAAAAUUCGCAUGAAAUCUGAUUUUCGGAAUUUGUUGGAACUUACGCCAAAAAUUAGACCAGGCACGAGUUGGAGUGAUGCAUAUUUGUGGCUGUCGAACGAGGAAUCAUAUAAAGGACUCGACGAACAUGAAAGAAAAGAAAUAUUUGAGAAAUAUCUACAAGAAAUAACAUUGGCUGCAAAGGUAGAGUUCCAAGAAUUAUUGUUCGAGGCAGCACCGAAGUUUAUGAAAUUAGACUCCAAUCGUAGGCCAAGUGAGACAGAAAUGAAGGAGAUAUAUGCUCAUUUAGAGGGAGAUGAUCGAUACAAAAAGCUCGAAUAUGUUGGAAAUGCACGAGAUAUUUUGCUGUUCAAUCACAUUGCACUCAUGCAGAGCAGUACAAGGUGCCUAAGUGGUCCUGAAAAAUGUAUGGACAGAUUAAUGCAAGAUGUGGUGGAGAUGACAGCACACAGGUAAGCCAAAUUUAAAUGCUUACAAUCACCUUUUCUGCUAGAUGACAAGGAUAAUUAAACUGAAAUUUUUCAGUGAGAAAUUAUUUGCAUGUGACAGUCCUUCAGUCUGUCAAUCCCCAUUCUUGGUCUAUGCAAAUUAAGAUUUGUAGCUUUGUAAUAACCCAUGUUAACCUGCAUGACCACAGCAUGUGAAAAAUACUCACAGCCAAUAU